UGUUCAGGACGUUACCCAUCUUCACCAAGAGAUAGAAUUUCUAUUUUUCUAAAUUAUCAGCAGGUUUUUUGUGUAUUUUUUUAGGAGAUAAUUCUAAUCUCCCCGCUGCUCCUUCUUGAGUGAAAAGUGAUUGAACAGAGAAAUCAUGGGGAGUGCCUCGGCGGAGAAUGUUUAUAAACAGCAAAAUAAUAAUAGUGCAGGGAGUGCUGGGAGUGGAAGUGAAGAUAACGUGUGGUCCUCCAUCCUGUCCGAAGUGCGGUCGAACGCCUCGGUCAAGCUCCCUUCGGGAAGGGCCGUCGUCGUUUUAGGCCACCCGGAGAGUGGAAAAACGACGCUGGUGGCGAAACUGCAAGGGAUCGAGGAUCCCAAGAAAGGUUCCGGUUUAGAGUACACCUACAUCGAGAUUAGAGACGAGUACAGGGAGGACACGACCCACUUGUCCGUUUUCACCCUGGAUGGGGACAAGGCACACUUUCCUCUGCUAACCUUCGCAUUGAACACCUCCACCCUGACCUCCACCACAAUCCUCCUGACCGUGUCCAUGUCCACUCCCUGGUUGAUCCUAGAACAACUCCAAGACUGGGCCGGAUUACUACACGACCACGUCGAUAGCCUCAAAAUCCCACCCGACGAAGUUAAGACUUUGCGAGAAGGGGUCCUGCGUCGAUGGUUGAGUUACCAAGAACCUCUUGGCGAUGGGGAAGGGGACAUUUCUGGGCUGGUGCAGGGGGGUGGAGUGGGGAUCGAGGAGAUGGUGGCGGAUGAAGGGGUGCUCGUGAGGAAUGUGGGGGUGGAUAUUGUCGUCGUGGUGACGAAGACGGAUCACAUGACCACGUUGGAGAGGGAGGAGAAUUAUCGGGAGGAACAUUUUGAUUUUAUUCAGUUUCACGUGAGGAGGUUCUGUCUGAAUUAUGGGGCGAGUUUGUUCUAUACGUCGGUGAAGGAGGAUAAAAAUUGUGAUCUCUUGUACAAGUAUCUAGUCCACCGGGUCUACGGGGGCACGAACAACUUCAAAACGCCGGCACUCGUCGUGGAAAAGGAUGCCGUUUUUAUCCCCUCCGGGUGGGACAACCUCAAGAAAAUGUCCAUCCUGCACGAGUCCAUGUCCUCUAUCGACCCAGAAUCUUACUACAACGACGUCAUCCUCCGCCCCGUCCACAAAACGGUCAGAUCUGAAGGGAGAAACGUCGCCGAGGUGGAGGUGGAAGAUGAACAGUUGUUUCUGGAGAGGCAGAUGGGGAUUUUGACCCUUGGCGGUGGUGGGGGUGCAGUUGGGGGGAGUGUGGGGAAAGGGAAAACACCAGCGAGUGAUAAGAGACAGACCAGUGGUGGGGGUGGGAGUAGUAUUAGCGGUGGGGUUACGACGGGAGGGAUCACCACGCCGAAGAAGGGCGAGCAAUGCACGGACCGCGUCCUGGCGAAUUUCUUUAAUUCUUUACUAACGAAUAAGAAGAGUGGCGGAGGAGGAGGGAGUGGUCCAAGCAGUGCAAACACGAGUCUAAGUGGAACGGAUUGUUAAUUUUAUUAAUUUUCUCUUUGUAAAUAAAUCUAAAUCACAAAAUUGAAUAAACUCUCUCGGAAUGGAUUAUCCCAGGA